GCACUGCGAUACGGUGGGGAGGGGCUCUAGCCGUGGAGGCCGGCUACUUUGGAGCGCCCGUGGCGCGGCUGGAGGCGGGGAGUGGGGAGAGGAAGCUGAUAAACAAGGGCGUGUCCCAGGACACUUGGGCAGAGGUGGGUCUGGCAGCCCCAAGCUUCUCCCAGCGGAACUCCUGCUUCAUCGCGCAGGGGUGACCCUGUCACCUGCCCUGAUGCUCCCAGGUGGGGUGAGGUUUUGUGGGACAGACUCUGCUCUGGUUCAAAGAUACCCAGAACGGGACAGGUGACAGAGCGUCUCUCUGCCCGUGAAGGCAAGCAUGGCACGCCUCUCUCCACAGCGAAAUGCCAUGCUAGAGCGGCUGGACCAGGUCGUCUCAGAGCAGGCCGCCCUGGGUGAAGCCUUGGCUUCCCUCUCAGAGCAGCUGCAUAAGCUGGUGAAAUUCUUGGAAGAGAUGGCCGGCUGGGUGGAAGCCCAAGGUUGUGACCACGCAAAGCUGCAUGGUGAAGCAUGCAGCUCUGAUGAGAGAGCUGGCCCUGGGCAGUCUGGAGACAGAGCACCAGGCUGGAGAACAGGGUGUGGGCCCAGAACGUCAGGGUCAUUGGGGUUCCGGCCACUGUGGAAGACACAGACCUGAUCCCUUUCUUGGAAAACCUGGUGCUGGCUUACCUGGGCUCAAAUGCGAAGGAAGCUCCUAUGCAUAUAGAAAGUGCGUAUCAGCUUCCCACAAGGGAAGCAGAUGACAGUGCCGGGGUGGCUAGCACUGGCACUGUGCUAAUGACCCUCUCUAAUUUCUGGUCUCGAGAGCGAAUUCUGCGGGCAGCACGGGCCUGCCGAGCAACCAAAUUCCAAGACCCCAAGGUCUCCUCCUUCCCUGACCUCAGCCCUGCCACACACGCCCGGCAGCAGCCCCUUGUGGUGCUCAAGCAAGCAUUUGUGAAGCAGGGGGCUCAGACCUACGUCCUGUACCCUGCCAAACUAAAGGUCUUGUGCCGGGAGCAAACCUAUGUCUUCAGGGACUGUGCGUCUGCAGCCCACCUGCUGGAUGAGAUCAGACAAGGUAGUCGGUAGUGGGUGCAGAGAGCAAGGCUGAGCCUAAAGUGAAAGGCCCAGGGCCUUCCUGCUGGUGGGCAGUAAAAAUCCUGGGGCACUUCUAGCAAAGCAGUUCAGCAUUAAGUGCUGAGUUACUUGGGGGCAUGCUCAAUAAGGGGGAGUUGUGUUUGCUCUGUCUGUCAUGUGGAUGAGCUGCUCAGGUAAUUGGGAGCCUCAGAUGAUUGAAGUAUGGUGUGUCUAAGACAGCUGCUUUCUCCUUGCCUAAAGCCUCCCCUGCCUUUGAUUCUCCUGGCUACAGGAUUCUUCCUCCUCUGUAUUUGUGUGCUUAGAUUGUCAGCUCUUGGAAGCAAGGACCGUCACUUUGUUCUGUAUUCGUACAACUCCUAGCAUGGUGGGGGCCUCAUCCAUAGGUAGAGGCCCUUGGCCCAACCACAAUACAAAUAAUAAAUGAGUGUUGCUGUGCAUCAUCAAGCAGCUAUUAUGUUUCACCCCAGAAGUGGCUGCAUGUCAGUGGUGGAGGAAGUGAGCUUCCAGUGUCACUUGUGAAGUGCAUUGAGGCCCUCCUGGAUCAAAUGCAUGUCAGUUACCAUCAUGUCAGUUACUUGCAUCUCGAUGACAGGACAGCUUUCAGCUUGAGUCAGGUGAUCUGUCAUACAGGCUAUGCCUGUGGGGAGAACCUGUCCUCAUUCAAAGGUCUCAUUCCCUCUGUGUGUUUGGGCUUCCUUGAAAUGCUGCUGGCCAAACAUCAAAAGCCCUUGAAAGCAAAUAGCGCAGAGUACGUGCCUAGCCUCAGGGCUCCCAUGCAGCUUGCGUGGCUUGCUGUCUGGACAGGCCUUUGAAAAUCUCAUCCCUGAGACUUAGCUGCUGCCCACAGGACACAGGGAAUAAUUGGGGUACCUGGAGGAUGCUGGGCCCCUCAGUGCUGUCUGGGAACAAUAGAGUACAGCAGGUGGGCCCUUCUGACCUAGAGCAAUCACUUGUGGCAUUCUUCUCAUGCCCACCAAAUUAAUUACAGAAAGCAUCUCCCAAGCAGCAAGUUGUUUCUCCUUACAAGCGUGUCUUCACUUGUGAGCCUCCUGCAGAGCCAACUCUGUAUGGGCCCUUCCAUCCCCUCUAUGAUGUGUGCGAGAGAAUUUCCCCCAGUGCAGGGCCUGCCAAGGACUCCAGCACUCAACUCCUUAGGGUGUUGUGUGGGGCCCCUCUACACUGGGGUGCAGUGAAGUGCAUUGCCCUGUUUGUCAAUGGAGGUGUAAUGACUGUGCAGGGAGGGCAUCCCAGCCCAGCAUUCUGUUAAUCUGCUAGCGGUGGCUGUUCUCUCUGGCUGUGCUCUGUUUUAUGAUGUGCUGCAACCCAGGGGUUCAGAUUUAAAACCUUGCUGUAGAAGGGGCUGGAUAGUACAGGAGAUUGAACAAUAGGCUGCGGAGUCUCCAGGGUACCUGCUCAAACCCCGUAUGAGUUGGUGCUUCCUAGCAGGCAGGUUUGUGGAUAACUGGCCCCUGCUUCCUCCCUUAUAGCUGGGUCCUUCACACUGUGGGCUGGGAAGGGGGAAACUUUCAUAGAAUAUUAGGGUUGGAGGGGACUUCAGGAGGUCAUCUAGUCCAACCCCCUGCUCAAAGCAGGACCAAUCCUCAGAUUUUUACCCCAGUUCCCCAAAUGGCCCCCUCAAGGAUUGAACUCACAACCCUGGGUUUAGCAGGCUAAUGCUCAAACCGCUGAGCUAUUCGUCCCCCUGCUACUUUCACUGCUGCAACACCUGUGUUGUGGGUUAAGGGACGCUGCUGUCUAGGGCCAUCUGUCUGAUGCCCUGGCACUAAGCCCCCUGUAAGGAGGAGAAUGCCAUGCCUGUAGGCCAGGGGUAGGCAACCUAUGGCACGUGUGCCGAAGGCAGCACGAGCUGAUUUUCAGAGGCACUCACACUGCCCAGGUCCUGGCCGCCGGUCCAGGGGGCUCUGCAUUUUAAUUUAAUUUUAAAUGAAGCUGCUUAAACAUUUUAAAAAUCUUAUUUACUUUACAUACAACAAUAGUUUAGUUAUAUAUUAUAGACUUAUAGAAAGAGAUCUUCUAAAACAUUAACAUGUAUUACUGGCACACGAAACCUUAAAUUAGAGUGAAUAAAUGAAGACUCGGCACACCACUUCUGAAAAGUUGCUGACCCCUGCUGUAGGAGAACAGGCUGCCCCUGAAGAUGUGCCAGGUGACAUGAGUGCGAAGUUUCCUGAAUAGUAGAACAUGCACCCGGGAGCAGCUCCUUAUAGUACCAGCCAGAACGGCUGACGAUGGCUUUGAUCCGCACCAGACUGGGGCUGCUGGUCCUUGGGGUUCUUGUCACUUUUGUCCUCUACCUGUUGCUCCCUGCCAUCCAGCACGAGAGGUUCACAUCCAGGGCAGGCAGCCACAAGGCCCAGGCCAGGGCUGAGGAGAAGGGCCAGCGAGAUGUCAACGUCACCGUCCUAACGGGGACCAUUGCAGGGAGCCCAUCCAUCUUAUUCAGAGAAGGCUUCCUGCUCCAGAGAGAUGGGACUCCCAGCCCCAAAAGGCUGGAGGUGAUUUUUCUGCAUGGCCAGGCUUUCACUUCCAAGACCUGGGAGGACCUGGGGACACUGACCCUGCUCUCAGAAGAAGGAUAUCGCUCCAUUGCUAUCGAUCUGCCUGGCUACGGCAACUCCCCGCCUUCCGAUGCUGUCUCCACGGAGCAGGGCCGUGUCGCCUUCCUGCAGCAUGUGCUGAAGGAGCUGGGGAUCCAGAGGCCCGUUCUGAUCAGCCCGUCCAUGAGUGGCCGCUAUUCCAUCCCCUUUGUCCUGGUGCACGGGGCGCAGCUGAAGGGCUUUGUGCCCAUCGCACCUGUGGGGACCCAGGACUACACGUCCCAGCAGUACCAGCAGGUCCAGACGCCGACUCUGAUCGUCUAUGGUGAGCGCGACACCGGCCUGGGCGCUCAGUCCCUGCAGAGCCUGCAGCAGCUCCCAAAGCACAAGGCGGUGGCACUGCCUGACGCUGGCCACGCCUGCUACCUGGAGAAGCCUCAUGAGUUCCACGAGGCGCUGCUAGCCUUCCUGGGCGAGCUGCAGUGAACAUGGACCCUCCUGGGGCCGGAGCCUGGCUGCGCUGAGCCUUGGCUGUGUGGCUGGGACGCUGACUUUCUGACCUUGUCGUUAAGGGCUGUGGGACUUGUCCGGGGGUGGGGAGUUCUCACCGUUGCCACUCUCCUGGCUGUCUGAUCCCACGGCGAGUCGGGCUGGAGUGGGUGUGGGAGCCAAGGGCUUGGCAAGGGACUUGUUCGAUGUCGUCAGCCUCUGCAGGGGGAUGUGCCAGAUGCCAGGAUUCUGCCUGCUUAGGGGCAUGAUUCUGCUGUGCGUGUUGGGAGGUAACCAGCCCGCUGCCAGCUUCUGGCUGUACUCUCCUGUUGCACAGUCCUCGUCUUUGUUGCUUUCUCGUCCUCCUGCCUUGCCUCUCUGCAAGGAGCCCUCGCUAGGGCCCCGGACCAUUGCUGCUGGAUGAUGGGCUGACGUGUUUGCCUGAGGGAUGGGACACGGGCCAGGUGACCUUGUGGGGCUUGUUCCAAAGCGUGUUGCUGUAGAGUAGCUGAGCAUCUCGCUUGGCAGGGGCUGGGGUGCAGCAGGGCUUGGUCCCCACCAAUGGCUCCGAUGGGUUAGUGGUUGUGUCUGGUUGUUGUUUGUAGGGGGCGUUAAAUGGGCCCUUUGACCUUGAAGCAAGGGCUGUUUGGCAUGUUACUGGGGGGUGAUUGAUUUAAUUCCUGUGUAGGUACGCUACUCUGACCAGGCCCAGGGGAUGGGUCUCUGUGGAGGAGUCUGUUAUGAGGCCAAUAAACCAUUUGUACAGUG